GCUCCGGGGCUCCGGCAGGAAGGACCCCGACCUCCAGGCGGGAAGGUUGAAGGCGGGCCAUGGCUGACCGGAGCCCCCCGAACUGCCACCUGAGGCUGGAGUGGGUUUACGGCUACCGGGGCCACCAGUGCCGCAACAACCUUUACUACACGGCCGCCAAGGAGAUCGUCUAUUUCGUGGCGGGGGUCGGGGUGGUCUACAGCCCCCGGGAGCACCGGCAGAAAUUUUACCUGGGGCAUCAGGACGACAUCAUCAGUCUUGCUUUGCAUCCUGAACGAGUAUUGGUGGCAACAGGUCAAGUUGGGAAAGAACCGUAUAUCUGUGUUUGGGACUCGUAUACUGUGCAGACAAUAUCAGUAAUGAAAGAUGUUCAUACACAUGGUAUAGCUUGCUUGGCAUUUGACGUAGAUGGUCAGCGUUUACUUUCUGUUGGUUUGGAUUCAAAAAAUACAAUCUGUGUGUGGGACUGGAGAAAAGGAAAGAUGUUGUCUAUGGCACCUGGUCAUACAGACAGGAUAUUUGAUAUUUCUUGGGACUUGUACCAACCAAACAAACUUGUCAGCUGUGGUGUAAAACACAUCAAGUUCUGGAGUUUAUGUGGCAAUUCAUUAACACCAAAGCGUGGUGUUUUUGGUAAGACUGGUGAUCUCCAAACUAUAUUGUGCCUCGCCUGUGCAAGAGAUGAAGUAACGUAUUCUGGUGCACUUAAUGGAGAUAUAUAUGUAUGGAAAGGAAUCAACCUUAUCCGAACCAUACAAGGAGCUCAUGCUGCAGGAAUUUUCAGCAUGAAUGCCUGUGAAGAAGGCUUUGCUACUGGUGGCAGGGAUGGCUGUGUUCGCCUUUGGGAUUUAAAUUUUAAACCAAUUACUGUGAUUGAUCUCAGGGAAACAGACCAGGGAUAUAAAGGUCUGUCUGUGAGAAGUGUUUGUUGGCGAGGAGAUCAUAUACUAGUUGGAACACAAGACAGUGAAAUCUUUGAGAUUGUGGUGCAUGAACGCAAUAAGCCUUUUCUUAUUAUGCAAGGGCACUGUGAAGGGGAGCUUUGGGCCCUGGCAGUUCAUCCUACAAAACCUUUGGCUAUGACGGGAAGUGAUGAUCGAUCCGUCAGAAUAUGGAGCCUUAUAGAUCAUGCAUUGAUUGCACGGUGCAAUAUGGAAGAGCCAAUUCGUUGUGCAGCUGUUAGCACUGAUGGAAUUCAUCUUGCACUUGGAAUGAAAGACGGUUCCUUCACAGUACUUCGAGUUAGAGAUAUGACAGAGGUUGUUCAUAUUAAAGAUAGGAAAGAAGCUAUUCAUGAAUUAAAAUAUUCACCGGAUGGAAAUUUCCUUGCAGUUGGCUCUAAUGACAGUUCGGUUGAUAUUUAUGGUGUUGUUCAGCGGUACAAAAAGGUUGGAGAGUGUGUUGGAUCAACAAGUUUCAUCACUCAUAUGGAUUGGUCAUUGGACAGCAAACACUUGCAGACCAAUGAUGGCAGUGGAAAAAGGCUUUUUUACAGGAUGCCUGGUGGAAAAGAAGUGAUGAAUAAGGAUGAGUUAAAAGGUAUCCAGUGGGCUUCAUGGACUUCAGUUGCAGGCCUUGAAGUUAAUGGAAUAUGGCCUAAAUAUUCAGAGAUCAAUGAUAUCAAUUCUGUAGAUGCAAAUUUUAUGGGCCAAGUUCUAGUUACAGCUGAUGACUAUGGAAUAGUAAAAUUGUUUCGGUAUCCUUGUUUAAGAAAAGGGGCAAAAUUUAAGAAAUACCUUGGUCAUUCAGCACACGUGACAAAUGUGAGAUGGUCACAUGAUUAUCAGUGGGUUGUUUCUAUUGGUGGAGCAGACCAUUCUGUUUUCCAGUGGAAAUUUGUUCCUGAAAGGAAGCUGAAGGAUGCUCUGCACAUAGCACCACAAGAAAGCCUCGUUGACUCUAAUAGUGAAGAAUCGGAUUCUGAUCAAUCUGAUGUUCCAGAGCUGGACUCUGAAAUUGAACAAGAGACACAAAUCACAUACCGUCGACAGGUUUACAAAGAAGAUCUACCUCAGCUUAAAGAGCAAUGCAAAGAAAAACGAAAAACUGCAGCUUCAAAAAGAAGAGAACGGGCUCCAAUCAAUAGUAUAAGAUUACACUUUGUUCAUGGUUACAGAGGCUAUGACUGUCGCAGUAAUUUAUUUUACACUCAGACUGGAGAAAUUGUGUACCAUGUUGCAGCAGUGGGUGUAGUAUACAAUCGGCAGCAAAACACACAACGUUUUUAUUUGGGUCAUGAUGAUGAUAUUCUGUGUCUUGCUAUUCAUCCCUUAAAGGACUAUGUGGCAACAGGCCAGGUUGGUCGUGAUUGCUCAAUCCAUAUUUGGGAUACAGAGACAAUCAAACCACUGUCUGUGUUAAAGGGCUAUCAUCAAUAUGGUGUUUGUGCUGUUGACUUUUCAGCGGAUGGCAAACGGUUAGCUUCAGUUGGAAUAGAUGACAAUCACACUAUUGUUCUUUGGGACUGGAGAAAAGGAGAGAAGCUUUCAUCAGUCAGGGGGAGCAAAGACAAGAUAUUUGUUGUCAAGAUUAACCCCUACAUGCCUGAUAAACUUCUUACAGCUGGAAUGAAACACAUAAAAUUCUGGCGAAGAGCAGGUGGUGGACUGAUUGGGAAAAAGGGCUAUGUAGGUCCAAUGGGGAAGAUUGAUACAAUGAUGUGUGCAGUUUAUGGCUGGACAGAAGAGAUGUCAUUUUCUGGAACUUCAACGGGGGAUGUAUGCAUAUGGAGAGAUCUCUUCCUCAUAAAAACUGUGAAAGCACACGAUGGCCCCGUGUUCAGUAUGCAUGCACUAGAAAAAGGAUUUGUAACUGGAGGCAAGGAUGGAGUUGUGGCUCUUUGGGAUGACACCUUUGAACGGUGUCUCAAAACAUAUGCCAUCAAAAGGGCUGCCUUGGCCCCUGGCUCCAAAGGUCUCCUUUUAGAAGAUAACCCUUCUAUACGUGCCAUAUCAUUAGGACAUGGUCAUAUUUUAGUGGGCACAAAGAAUGGUGAAAUACUGGAAGUUGAUAAAAGUGGGCCAAUAACAUUGCUUGUUCAGGGUCACAUGGAAGGAGAAGUUUGGGGUUUAGCUACCCAUCCUCAUUUACCUAUUUGUGCCACUGUAAGUGAUGAUAAAACCUUAAGAAUAUGGGAUCUGUCCCCCAGCCAUUGCAUGCUUGCUGUUAGAAAACUGAAGAAGGGGGGAAGAUCUUGUUGUUUCUCUCCUGACGGGAAGGCAUUAGCAGUAGGUCUCAAUGAUGGAAGUUUCUUAAUAGUAAAUUCAGACACUCUGGAGGAUCUUGUUUCUUUUCAUCAUAGGAAAGACGUUAUUUCAGAUAUACGAUUUUCUCCUGGCGCUGGAAAAUACUUAUCUGUAGCAUCGUAUGACACGUUUGUAGAUAUCUACAAUGUAAUGAGCAGUAAGCGAGUUGGAAUCUGCAAGGGCUCUUCCAGUUAUGUGACACACAUUGAUUGGGAUGUAAGAGGCAAGCUUUUACAAGUCAACACUGGUGCUAAGGAACAGUUGUUUUUUGAAGCUCCUCGGGGGAAAAAACAGAUAAUUCCCAGUACAGAGGCAGAAAAGAUUUCCUGGACAUCCUGGACAAGUGUUCUAGGCUCCUGCUGUGAAGGAAUUUGGCCAAUAAUUGGAGAAGUUACAGAUGUAACUGCUUCGUGCCUCACCAGUGAUAGUACAGUUUUGGCAACAGGAGAUGAUUUUGGAUUUGUAAAGCUUUUCCGAUACCCUGCCAAAGGAAAAUAUGGGAAGUUUAAGAGGUAUGUGGCUCAUAGUACACAUGUAACAAAUGUUCGUUGGACUCAUGAUGACAGUUUAUUAGUCAGUGUUGGAGGUGGAGACACCUCUUUAAUGCUGUGGACCCAUGAGAUGGAGGGCCAUCGAGAAACCAGGCAGUGUGACAGUGAAGAAUCUGAUCUAGAUUCUGAGGAAGAUGGGGGAUAUGACAGUGAUGUCACAAGAGAAAAUGAAAUUAAUUACACCAUCAAAGCCUUAUCAACCAACAUCAGACCUAUGUUUGGAAUCAAGCCUCAUCUGCAGCUAAAAGAGCCUUCAGUUGAUGAAAGGCAAGGGGUUGUAAGAGGUUCCAGACCACCAGUUAGUAGGGCAUUGCCUCAGCCUGAAAAACUUCAGACAAAUAACGUUGGCAAAAAAAAGAGACCUAUAGAGGAUCUAGUGCUGGAGCUGGUGUUUGGCUAUCGUGGUAGAGAUGGCAGGAACAAUGUGCAUUAUUUGAAUGAUGGUGCUGAUAUAAUUUAUCACACUGCAUCUGUUGGAAUUCUGUACAAUGUGGCAACAGGCUCUCAGUCUUUUUACCAGGAACAUAAUGAUGAUAUUUUGUGCCUCACUAUAAAUCAGCACCCCAAGUUUACCAACCUUGUGGCAACUGGCCAAGUAGGAGACUCAGCAGAUAUGUCAGCUACAGCACCUUGUAUUCACGUAUGGGAUGCAAUGAAUAAGCAGACAUUGUCUGUAUUGCGAUGCUACCAUUCAAAAGGAGUUUGUUCAGUCAGUUUUAGUGCCACUGGCAAGCUUCUUCUGUCUGUAGGGCUGGAUCCUGAACAUACCAUUACCAUUUGGAAGUGGCAGGAAGGUGCCAAAAUCGCUAGUAGAGCUGGUCAUAAUCAGCGUAUUUUUGUAGCAGAAUUCAGGCCUGACUCCGACACACAAUUUGUUUCAGUAGGAGUAAAACAUGUGAGGUUCUGGACACUUGCUGGAAGAGCACUUCUAAGUAAAAAAGGACAAACAAGUUCAAUAGAAGAUGCACGGAUGCAGACUAUGCUGUCUGUAGCAUUUGGAGCUAAUAAUUUGACAUUUACAGGUACAAUCAGUGGAGAUGUGUGUGUUUGGAAAGAACAUAUACUGAAUCGAAUUGUAGGCAAAGCUCACAAUGGGCCUAUAUUUGCAAUGUACACAACACUACGAGAUGGCUUAAUUGUAACAGGAGGCAAGGAGAGGCCAUCAAAAGAAGGUGGAGCAGUUAAAUUAUGGGAUCAGGAGCUAAGGCGGUGUCGUGCCUUCAGAUUAGAGACAGGACAGAUAAUUGACUGUGUUCGCUCUGUGUGCAGAGGCAAAGGGAAAAUUCUUGUUGGGACAAAGAAUGCUGAAAUAAUAGAAGUUGGAGAAAAAAAUGCAGCAUGCAACAUUCUAAUUAAUGGUCACAUGGAUGGGCCUAUAUGGGGACUAGCAACACACCCCUCUCGUGAUGUUUUCCUUUCUGCUGCAGAAGAUGGGACAGUCAGACUCUGGGAUAUUGCUGAUAAAAAGAUGGUGAACAAAGUAAAUUUGGGCCACGCAGCACGCACUGUGUCUUAUAGUCCAGAGGGCGACAUGGUGGCUAUUGGCAUGAAAAAUGGAGAAUUUAUUAUCUUGUUAGUGAACUCUCUGAAAAUAUGGGGGAAGAAAAGGGACAGAAGAUCAGCCAUUCAGGACAUCAGGUUCAGUCCAGAUUCUCAUUAUUUAGCAGUGGGUUCCAGUGAAAAUGCAGUGGAUUUUUAUGACCUGACAUUGGGGCCUACUCUUAACCGAGCUAGCUACUGCAAAGACAUUCCUAGUUUUGUAAUUCAAAUGGAUUUUUCAGCGGAUAGCUGUUAUCUUCAGGUCUCUACUGGGUCUUACAAAAGGCAAGUUUAUGAAGUGCCUUCAGGAAAACAGCUCCUGGAUCAAACUGUGAUUGAUAGAAUAACAUGGGCCAGUUGGACCAGCAUUUUAGGAGAUGAAGUUGUUGGAAUCUGGUCCAGGCAUGCUGAGAAAGCCGAUGUAAAUUGUGCCUGUGUUUCUCACUCGGGAAUCAGCCUUGUAACAGGCGAUGACUUUGGCAUGGUCAAGCUGUUCGACUUCCCUUGUCCAGAAAAAUUUGCAAAACAUAAACGAUUUUUAGGUCACUCAGCCCACGUGACUAAUAUUCGUUUUACAAGUGGGGACAGAUAUGUUGUUAGUGCUGGCGGAGAUGACAGCAGCAUAUUUGUCUGGAAAUGUGUACAUAUGCCACAUUGAGAGACAUGGAGACUUUCCAAAGAGGACACUACUGAAGAGGCAUUAGUGCCCCACAAUUGCAAAGAGACAUUCUCCAGUGUCCAGCAUGCUUCGAGAAAUGGUGCUGAUAAAAACAGACAACAGUCCACCUGACUGACUAGAGUCUAUCAGAAGGAUGGAGCACUGCAAAUGUAUUGAGUCUAGUCACAUUACUGCAGUAUCAGAUAUCCUACAUCUGUUUCCCACUCACUGCCAGAUGCUGAAACACAUGGAAAGGAAGAAGUGAGUUUUGGCUCAGUGUACAGUUUCCCAAUAAGAUCCUGAAUUUGUAAUCAAGAGAUGUUAUUUCUGACCUAGUGCUGUACAUUGCUGUGUUUACUUUCAGCAUGAAUGUUUAAGUACUGGGGACUGACUCUCACUCAGAUAGAAGACUCCUUAUUUUAUUACUGAAAUGAAAGCCACCUUGCAGCUCUUAAACUAUAAUAUUUUUUUAAAUGGGUGAAAAUAAAAUAGAAAAUAAAAGAGAUAAACCAGCAAAAGGUUUAUCUAGUUCACAAAAAAAGUCCCAAGAAUUAAGUUUGUUCCUAGGACCUGCAGAAUUCUAUUGGUUUUAAGGCUUGGGUUGUAAUCAUGUCUGGUGAAUGCUAGUAGACAUGCGUGAACCCAUUCUUCAAGGCUAAUUUAGUGUUUUUGUAUCACAAGCAUUAAAUUAGUUCUGUGAGCAGAAUAACAUUUGCUCACAUUGUGAGUGCCUUGCCCACAACCUAAAAGUCUAACUCUGGUUUUUGCCUUGUGAAUAAAAGUGUUCUCAAUGAAA